CGCUUUUCGAACUCGAUUUCAGACCUUUUUACCUAGCCUUCUCAAGCCUCCAAGCCUCCGUUUUGGUUCGCCUGAUCAACACGACACGCCUGCCGUCUCGGGCCCGCUUCCCUAAAGCGACCGCGGAAGAAUUCAUUUUUUUCGAAAAAGAAGUGCCGAAUCCAUUGGAUUUUAGGUCACAAUUCGCCUUUUCGCUGGAAGCACGGAGUAGCUUAGGUUCGCCAGAAGCGUACGCAAAAGAUGGAGCGAGUAUUUUCAGUAGACGAUAUUUUAGGCACGUUCUGGAAAGUAGACGCGCAGGGGGAUUCCGCAGCCACUGCCGCCGCCGCCGCAGCCGCAGCAACAGGCGGAAUGUUCCCCCCCGGUAUGCUCCCCCCCGGAGUCCCCUACCCCGGCCAUCCGCCCGGAGUAGCCGGGGGAGGCGGUGGCGGUAGCGAGUUGCAGCGGCCUAUACCGCGUACAGGCUCGUUUCACCGGAUGAACCGCAGCUCGUCCGAAUGGGCCUUUCACGAAUUCGUUAAGGAGCAAGGGCUGACCGGAGUGGGCGCUUUAGGCGCCGCAGGAGCCGCCGCAAUUGGCGGCGGGAAUGGCGCCGGACCGUCGGGUAUGGGCCCGCCUGGCAUGAACCCGUUAAUUCCGGGGCUAAGCCAGGUGUCGAGUCUCGAUAAGCUCCUAGGAGAUAGUCCCUCGAAGCUUAAUCUCGCAGCGUACUAUCGCGGGUUAGACGGCGGAGCGGAAGGGGUGGCUGGCGCGGGUGGGGGGGCGGGGGUGGGAGCGGGGAGCGGAGAGGGCGGGGGGAAGCAGGGCGGAGAUGCAGGCGGGGAACAGCAGCGGCUUGGGCUCAGCGGAUUGGGGAAGGCUGCAGGGGCGAACGGAGGGGGAGGGGCGCGGACGGAUACCGAGACGGGCGAUGUAGCCGGGGGAGGGGGCGGCGGCGGCGGCGCAGCAGCGUCUGCUCCCGCGCGGGGUGCGGGGUCGGGUUUCGAGGCGCCUCACACCAACCGAGCGGCGUCGGGCUUCUCCCCGCCAUCGGUGGCACUCAGCCCGGCUCUCGCGUCUGGCGGAGCGGCAGCAGCAGCAGCCGGAAGCGGCGGCGGUGGCGGUGCGGGAAGAAGUGCCGCAGGCGUGGCGAGCCCUCCCCGCCGUGGCUUCCACGCGCAUCCGCCGGCUCACAGACCCGCAACCCACGGCGCGACAGGCGCCACAGGCGCGCAUGGAGCAGCAGAAGGAGGCGGAGGUGGCGGAAGAGGCAGAGCAGGGGGAGGGGGAGGGGGAGGGGGGGGAGGCGGAACAGCAGCAGUGUCCGCGCGCGGGCAUUCCUCCCGCGAGGCGUCGGAAGAGCCGCGGUCGGACGGCGAGGGCGGGCGAUCCGAGGGCGAGUGCGAGCUAGUGGCGUCCUUAGAGCACCUGACGGACCCCGAGGAGAUUAAGCGGGUCAAGCGCAUGCUGUCGAACCGCGAGUCCGCGCGGCGGUCGAGGCGGCGCAAGCAGGCGCACGUGAGCGACCUGGAGGGGCACGUGAACCAGCUGCAGGCGGAGAACGCGAGUCUCGCGAGCAGGCUGGGGGAAAUCGGGAGAAAGUACAACGAGGCGGCGGUGGAUAACAGAGUGCUGAAAUCCGACGUGGAGGCCUUGAGAGCUAAGGUGAAGAUGGCGGAGGAGAUGGUGGGGCGAGUGGCACACAUGGCGCAGUACAUGUAUCACCAGCCCAUGGCGUUCCACCACGACCCAGCCUCCGCUGCUGCCGCCGCCGCCGCUGCUGCCCUGCCAUACCCAUCCCCCAUCGACCUCCCCUACUACCCCCGCCCGCACCGCGCUGCGCAACCCCCUCCGCCCUCUCCGUACCCGCUCCCUCCCCAUGCUGCUGCCGCACACGCUGCUGCGGCUCAAUCCUCUCAUGCCGCUAAUGCUGCCUACGCCUCUCAUGCUGCUCAUGCGGCUAAUGCUGCGCAUGCUGCUGCCAACGGGGCGCCGCCAUCUGGCGUGCACCCGAACCUCCUGCCGGGCCUCGGUUUGGGGCCAGGCAUGGAUCCGAACGUGUAUGGUAUGAUGCAGGCAGGUAUGGUGCAGGGAGGCAUGGUGGGGGCGAUGCCUGGUUCCAUACCUGGGGGUGAUCCAUCAGCAGGCAUGGGGGCGCAUGGGGCGCAUGGGUCUUCCUCUGCUGCUGCUGCUGCUGCUGCUCAUGCUGCGUAUGCUGCUGCUGCAGCAGCAGCGGCAGGAGCAGCAGCAGCAUCGGGAGGCGGAAUGUCAGGUGCCACCACAGCAGCAACAGGCGGGUCGCCAGGACCGGGAGGAGGAGAGGGAGGUAACGGAGGAGCAGGAGGGGGGGCAGGAGGAGGAGGAGGGGGCAAUGGUGGUUCUGGUGCUGGCACUACUGAUAGUGCAGGGGGGAAGAUUGAGCGAUCGGGCAGUCUGCAGCGGGUGUCAAGUUUAGAGCAUCUGCAGAAGAGAAUGAGAGGGGUGGGUGCAGCUGACGUGUCAGCUGCCACCUCAGCAGGAGCAGCAGCAGGAGGGGCGGCAGGAGGUGGUGGGACGGUGGCAGGAGCACCAGCAACGAUGGCAGGGCAUGAAGCGGCAGCAGCAGCGGCUGCGGCUGCAGCAGCUGCAGCAGGGAUGUGGGCUUUGGGUUGGCAUGGUGCGGCUGCUGCAGGGGAUGGGGCUGGUGGGGCUGGGAUGGGUGGAGCUGUUGCGGGGCACAGUGGUACGGGAGCAAGUGCCUAAGGUUGGGGGGAGGGGGGCGGCGAGGAGGGGUCGCUGCAAGGAAACGGCGAGUCUGUGCAUAAAUUUUGCAUUGGUUGCUUCUUGAAGCGUGUGUAUGAAGGUGCUCCUAAGCUGCUCUGACAGACACUAACAUCUCACAUGUAAAAGCUCAAGAUGGUUUCACCUCGUUAGUCUAAGUUUGUUUUUUUGUGUGUCCAGAAUGAGGGCGUACAAAAUUGUUUGGUUGAAUUCCAUUACUAGAUUGUUGUUUUUGUUGUUGACGAGAUUGCUUUUAUAUGCGUG